AGCAGUGACAGUGUUGACACCGGAGCCCCUGAGAUUAUAUCUGACUGGUGUUUCAUCAAGCAUGACCAUGUAAUCCACGCCAUUUAUUUUACACCUGGGGCUUUCCACGUCUCUGUGGUUCUCAUCAUCCUCCUUGCUACCAGCAGAACUUAAAGAUCCCCUCCCUAUGUAACUGCUGCAACCACGAUGGGCUCAGUGAAAUCAGCUGGACUGUCUCUUCUUCUGUUGUCUUUUAUUCUUUACGUAGUUGAUUCUUACCCCAGCAUGGACUUAUCAAACAUGGGCUGUGAGGAGUGCACACUGAGAAAGAACAGUGUUUUCUCGAGGGAUCGUCCGGUCUAUCAGUGCAUGGGCUGUUGCUUCUCCAGAGCGUACCCAACACCUCUCAAGGCCAUGAAGACGAUGACUAUCCCGAAGAACAUCACCUCGGAGGCCACAUGCUGCGUCGCAAAGCACAGCUACGAGGUACAGACAGAGGUGGCCGGCAUAAAGGUGCGAAACCACACAGACUGCCACUGCAGCACCUGCUAUUUUCAUAAGAUAUGACAGAUGGGAACUGGAGACCAUUCUGCAGCACUCAGCAUGGCAACAAAUUGUGCUUCUUUUAAUAUGCAUGAGCUCUUCUCUUUUAAAAUGUAAUUUCUUGUGUUGCCAGAUAAUAUUUUUGUAGCAAUUCUGUGUCUGUGAUGUGUAAUUAGCCUACAUUCUUGCAUUGAUAGAGAUGUGUGAUUAAAUGUAGAUUGAAAAGCAAUUAAAAUGUGCACCCAGA